GGCGCUAGCACAGUUGCGACUUACCCGUGAUUUUCCCUUGUCCAACGCCGAAACAUCCACCCAAUGGUGUGCUGAGCAAAUUCCACAUCGCCCUUUCGUGACAUCGUGUGCAAAAAGUCAUGGCCCGAUUAUCAGGUCUCCAGAGGGAGGUCUUGUCUCUCUAUCGGAAAUGCUUGCGAGAAACUCGAAAGAAGCCCUUAGAGACGAGAAGUAAUUUUAAGACUUACGCUAGGAUGGAAUUUGAAAAAUAUAUCUCCGUCAACAAAAAGGAUUUCAAUGCCAUUGAGUAUUUACUGCGCAAAGGGCACAGGCAGCUUGAGAUGUAUUCCUCCCCUGGAAUUCGCAAUAUCCGGUAGCUUCCAUUGGAUGAUCAAGCACUAUCUGCAGACAUAGAUUGGUCCGGAGCGGUGUUUGGGGGGGGGAGGAGGAUAUUGUAAUAGCUUCACAUUUCCGUCUCCAAGCCUGUUUCCUGAGGUAACCAUGUCAUGUGAUCUAUCUUUAACCAGCACUGAAGCUUCGGGCAACUUCUAGUACAUACCGUACUCAGCUG